GCAGGACCGAUAGCAGUAAUAAAAACUCUAAUGAUCUUGCUAACUCUCUUGAUAAUAAUAAUCUUGAUGAUCCUGAUGAAGAAUAUGAACCUAUUGUUAGGCCUAGUAACUUCCUGAAUAAAGCAUAUCAUAUGCAGUCUUGCACAAAAAGAGUUUUAACUAGAACUAGUUUAUCCACAGAAAAGCAAAAAGAAGUUGGUAAAGAAGAAGCAAAAGUUGAUAAAGAAAAGCAAAAAGAAGUUGGUAAAAAAGGAGCCGAAGUUGAUAAAAAAAAGCAAAAGAAAGUUGGCAAAAAAGAAGCUGAAAUUGAUAAAGAAAAGCAGAAGAAAAUU